GCACCGGGAUGAGCCGAUGGACUGUAGAGAGGAGUGCUUCCAAUGAAAGCAGUGAACCAUUCUGUGAAGUGGAGGUUUCUUUAUUCAGAUGAAGUUCAGAUCGGACCAGAGACUGUUAUGACGACCCUUUACACAGCUAAAAAGUAUGCAGUGCCAGCCCUGGAAGCUCACUGUGUGGAGUUCCUGAAGAAGAACCUCCGAGCAGACAACGCCUUCAUGCUGCUGACACAGGCGAGGCUGUUUGAUGAGCCUCAGCUGGCCAGCCUGUGCCUGGAGAACAUCGACAAGAACACAUCCGAUGCCAUCAACGCAGAGGGCUUCACUGACAUCGACCUUGACACGCUGGUGGCCGUGCUGGAGCGCGACACGCUGGGCAUCCGGGAGGUUCGUUUGUUCGGAGCCGUGGUUCGCUGGUCGGAGGCUGAGUGUCAGAGGCAGCAGCUGCAGGUGGUGCCUGAGAACAAGAGGAAGGUGCUGGGCAAAGCGCUGGCGCUCAUCCGCUUCCCACUGAUGACGAUUGAGGAGUUUGCAGCAGGGCCGGCCCAGUCGGGGAUCCUGACGGACCGGGAGGUGGUCAGCCUGUUCCUGCACUUCACCGUGAACCCCAAACCGCGUGUGGAGUUCAUCGACCGGCCGCGCUGCUGCCUGCGGGGGAAGGAGUGCAGCAUCAGCCGAUUCCAGCAGGUGGAGAGCCGCUGGGGGUACAGUGGGACUAGUGACAGGAUAAGGUUCUCAGUGAACAAACGCAUCUUCGUGGUUGGGUUUGGGUUGUACGGCUCCAUUCACGGCCCCACAGACUACCAGGUGAACAUCCAGAUCAUCCACACGGACAGUAACACGGUGCUGGGGCAGAACGACACGGGCUUCAGCUGCGACGGCUCCUCCAACACGUUCCGUGUGAUGUUCAAGGAGCCCGUGGAGGUUCUGCCCAACGUCAACUACACGGCGUGCGCUACUCUGAAGGGCCCCGAUUCUCACUACGGCACCAAAGGGCUGCGCAAGGUGAUUCACGAGUCGCCCACCAGCGGCGCCAAGACCUGCUUCACCUUCUGCUACGCGGCCGGGAACAACAACGGCACUUCGGUGGAGGACGGACAGAUCCCAGAGAUCAUCUUCUACACAUAGUGCCGCCGCGGGGCCACGGCGCUGCGCCGCGCCCGCCUUCGGCUC